AUGGAGUGGUACAAAGUUAUUUUAGAUGAUGCACAUGUGCUUAGAAGAUGGAAUAUUAAGGAUCAAAGGCUUCUUCAGCUAAAAGCUCAGUUCAAGUUCCGUUGGCAAAGCCUGGUGGAGCGCCCUCUGGAAAACGGAAAGCUUUCUGAUGAAGAACGAGUGAGGUAUGACCAAAAGGGAUCGGAUUGCCAGGAAGCAGUUCAAACUUACAUCGGUCUUGGCCGUGCUGUGUCCGAGUAUUCAAGCAUACUCGCUAAAGUUCAAAGGCUUCGUGAACUGUGUAACGAUGUUGCUUCUUGCCCCUCAGAAAUGCUAUUGUAUGUUAAUCUUGCAGAUGUAUCCAAAAACCCAGAACUGCUGCAAAAGUUGUUUUCGAAACUACGAGAAGAUUACCUUGAUUGCCCGAUUUGCAUCUCCCCACUGUCAGAUAUCGUCAUUACAUGCUGUGGACAUAUCUUUUGCAAAAAGUGUAUACUGAAAGCCCUCAACCUCAAGCAUAAGAAUGGACAUUGUCCUAUGUGUCGUCACCAUCUUUCUAAAUCAGACCUCUUUUCCUCCCCAUCAGAAGAGCCCCGGAAUGAUGAAUAUGAAAAUGACAAUGUGGCCGUAUCUUUGCCAGGAAGAAGUGGCAAGAUAGAGCCACUUAAAUCUGCUGGUCUUGGGAUACUGAGAUUGGAUGGGACGACAAGUGCAAAGAGGAGGGAUGAUGUGAUACAAAAAUUUAACAACCAAAAUUCAGAGUCACCUAUUGUGCUUCUAGUAGAAUUUAAACCUUCAGUAAGUGGGAUAGAUUUGACAGCGGCAUCCAGGGCAUACAUUUUGGAGCCGUGGCUGGAGCCUGUAGUGGAAGAGCAAGCUAUGGACCAGCUACACCGUAUUGGACAACAAGACUUGAAGAUUGUAAGAUUAGUAACAAGAAAUAGCAUUGAGGAGAGGAUACUGCAGUUGCAUGAGUGGAAGAAAAAUCUAGUAAAGGAGGGGGCUUCUGCAAAGAAUAAUAUGAAUCAAAAGCAAUUACAUACAGAAGAGUUCCGCAUCAUUAUGGGAGUGACAACAACAUGUUAA